CACAAUGGCACCAAUCAAAGAAAACACUGAUCAUAAUAACAAUAAUCUGUAUUCUAUGAUCAGAUAAGUUGACCACACUAGGUCCACUUGGGCUCUUAGAGUAAGGGUGGUAAGAGCUUAUGAAGUUCCCUCUCAUGCCAAGGGAGGCACCAUAAUGGAAGUUGUUUUUCAUGAUGAGGAUGGUGACCGUAUACAUGCAAUCAUUAAGAGGCCGCUCAUGCAUCUGUAAAAAACUACACUGGUGGAAAAUAAAUGUUUUAGGAUCAAGAACUUCUUGGUUUUUGAUAACUACUACAACUAUAAAACCACAGAGCACCCCUACCUUUUGGAGUUUUACAAAAAAAACUACAGUCUAUGACCUUCGUGAAGAAACUUUUCCGAAUAAAGUGUAUAAUUUCCACCAAUUUGAUGCACUGCAGAGCCUCAGGAUUGUUAACGACAAAUUGUUAAUAGGGGAAAUCGCAUUGGAUGCACAUUGUGGAAUCACUACUGCAAGCAGUUCACUGAUUUUUAUGAUGUGCACAAGGAUGAAGCAAUUUACAUCAUUCUACAAAUGGGGAGACCGAGACGCUAUCAAGGUAAACUUUAUACAAUACAUUUAAUGUGGAGUUUUUACAAGACCACUGCGGGCUAAUGAAAGUUUGUAAAUUUUUAAGGUCAAGUUUUUGUUGGUACGUCUUAUGAUGUUUCUAAGUUGAUAAUGAAUGGAUCUACUCCAGAAUUUGAUGACUUCAAAGCGCAGUGAGUGUUUCUUGAAUGCUUAUUUGAACUUCAAAUCCUUAUGAAGUUCCUAAAAAUAAUAAUAAUCUAUUGUAUUGGAAUCAUGUAAUAGAAAUAGUUUAUUGUAUUGGAAUCAUGUAAUAGAAAUAGUUUAUUGUAUUGGAAUCAUGUAAUCGAGGGCAUGUUGGUAUUUAAUCGACUUUGUGGACAUAAAAUGUUGACUCUAAUGUUCACAA